AUGCACGACGAAGUGAGCGAAACAGAGAACAUACGAAACAAUUUGGCGAUUGAAAGGAUUAUUGUCGGCGGAUGUGAUAUAUUACUUGACGUGAACAACGUGUUCAUUAGGAAAGGCGGUGUAAUACAGGUGUUAGGGACAGACAAACUGAAAUUCCAGCGCUCGAGGAUCGGAUCAUUUCGGGGCGAGAAAGAGAUCAUCCGUCAGUGCUAUCUAUUCACUAAUCACAUGCUAUUAUGCACGAGAACUUCGGGCGGAAAAUUGACUUUACUCGAGGGAAUCGGCAAAAUUCCGUUGUCUGAGGCGACUCUCAUCGAAGACCCCAACGAACAGUUCCAGUUCACUGUGGAUGACGGCGAGGGAUCCCUGAGCUCAGCGUCGAGCCAUUCAAGCGAAUGUGGGACUGGUAUGCAACCGGCAUCUAUCGGAUUAACGCCCGGUGGCAAAGACUAUGGAGGCCUCGACUUUAAGAUUAUAAUCGACUCCAAGGCAGGACCGGCCAAUACAUUGCAUUUGGUGGCGCCAACCAUGCAAGAGAAAGCAGCCUGGACAUCAGAUAUCAGUCAGGUCUGA